CGUAUUAAUAUAUAGAUAAAAAAAUUAUGAACACUUUUAUUACGCCUUGCUUUUUAACCGUCUUCGCCAUCUUCCUUUUUCUCUGUUCCUCUGUCUGUCAUUCGCUUUUCCCUUUCUUUCCGUGUUCUCUCACUUAUAUCUUAACGCUCCGUUCCACACUCUUUUCAUACGUUCCGUUCUUACCAAUCCUACUUUCAUUAGAAUCCGAAGAUAAUGUUUUUCUUUUUCUGGAGACGGAACACAAAUGCAAUUGUAAGGUGAGGUGCUUACGGAGUGUGUCUCCUCGUCACCCUACAGGCGUCUGGACACAGGCUGCACCCGAGGCUCGCCACAGGGAGCGGUCCUCUUCAUCCAGCGGAUACCCGCGACUUUCAUUAGGUCGGUCCGAAACGUGGGAGGCUUAGCCAUGCCGCGAUUUUUGAAGUGCAAUCCCCACUCAUCUAUAUCUAUACUAAUAUGUAAAUCUAGUGGUUUUUACGGAUGUUUCGUUAUAACUACUGAACCAUGCAUUCGAUUGACUUGAAACUUGGUAUCCAUGUAGAAAAUACAUGUACUUAAUGGAUAGGCUAAUAUUUAUAUGAGUAUUGAACUCCCUACACAAGUUGCGGGGGCGUUAAUGUAGAGAAUCUUUGUGGGGGUGAGAAAUAAUAAUGUUAAUUUUAAAUGCCCAACGAAGCGAACGGGUACAGCUAGUAGAGUUAUAAAGUAAAAUUAAAUAAAUAAAAACAUAACACGGACCUCGAAACACUUUCUGAAUACAUCCCUGCCUCAAUUAGAUACGAACUACAUAUAAAAGGUCACACAUGUAGCUAAUUAAAAGCACUUACAACAUGAUUGUACGCGUGGCGAUACUUGUGCUCUGCGUUGCGGUCCAAGGGCGCGGUAGCCCAAUGGCCACAACGUAUGAUACCAUUAUAGUAGGACUUGGGCCGGCCGGCUGUACUGCAGCAUCAACCCUCGCUCAGGCUGGCAAAAAAAUACUAGCUCUGGAAGCACAGAAUAGGAUCGGAGGGAGAGUUAAAACAGUACCUUUCGGUGAUGGAGUGAUUGAACUUGGAGCUGAAUGGAUCCACGGGACCCAUCCGAGUCGUGUUUAUGAUCUGGCCAUCAAGAACAACGUCUCCAUCAUAUCUCAGAACCUGGGCUUCGAAGCGUAUCGUUCGAAUGGAACGAAGGCGGACACGGCUCUCAUCAAUGAGCUGUUCGAAUACACCCUGGAGGUUCAAGAGCAUCCGCCCGAGACUCCUCAGCCUCUGGGACAGUUCAUCACAACGAAAAUUAAGGAGUACUUAGGUGAGAAACACCCGGACGUGUUGAAAGAUAAAGAUUACGUCGACGAAAUCCUUCAUUUCCUCGAUCUUCUAGUCGAUAAUUACGAGGCUUCGAACAGCUGGAACGAUGUGACUACUCAGACGCACUACGUGGACUUGGAAGGGGACCAGCACAUGAGCUGGCACAGGAACGGAUACAGCACCCUGUUCGAUAUAUUGCUGAACACGUAUAAGGGCGGUCCCGGUUACCCUAAUCUGGAAAUACAGCUGAACAAGGAGGUGGUCCUAAUCGAAUGGCCAACGGACCCAGAGCAGCUGGUCACGGUGAGCUGCAAAGAUGGCACCAAAUAUACCGCGAACAAUGUCAUAGUAACAGUAUCUUUGGGGGUUUUGAAGGAAAGAUACGAUAAACUGUUCACGCCGGUGUUGCCGUCGAGGAAAAUAUCCGCGAUCCAACAAAUAUCGGUCGGGGUCAUAGCUAAAGUUGCCAUGUCGUUUCCGGCGAAGUGGUUCCCGGACGAUAUCGUUUAUCUCGGUUUCCUGUGGAGCAAACAGGACCUGGACUCGUUGAGCGACGAGGAUCAGUGGAUGAGCAAAAUGGAGGGCCCGUCUCAGCCGAUGUCUUCGAAUGAUUCGGUCACGUUGUGGAUUGUUGGUGAUGGUGCCAAAUCGGUGGAGAAGUUACCCGAAGACGUGGUCAAAAGGAAAAUAAUGGAGAUACUCAGGAAAUUUCUGGGAAAACACUUCACUAUACCGGAACCGGUCGCAAUGAUAAGGUCGGACUGGCACAGCAAUCCGUUCACACGAGGCAGCUACACUUACGAUAACGUAGACGCGCCAAAGUACCCUGACGCCAGGAUCCACUUGGGCGAACCAUUGCUGGACUCUGCCGGUAAACCAAGGGUCCUGUUCGCCGGCGAAGCCACGGAUCCGACUCAUUUCUCGACUGUACACGGCGCCACGGAUACCGGGUACAGGGAGGCCAUGAGGUUACUACCCGUAACGAGUAAAAUAUAAAUUAACAAUAAAAUUAAACAAAAAAAUCACAAAGUCCGAGACAGAUGCCCUUACUCGACAAGAUGCCGCUACUCGACAAGAUGCCGCUACUCGACAAGAUGCCGCUACUCGACAAGAUGCCGCUACUCGACGAGAUGCCACUACUCUACAAAAUGCCGCUACUCGACAAGAUGCCACUACUCUACAAAAUGCCACUAAUCUACAAAAUGCCACUAAUCUACAAAAUGCCACUACUCUACAAAAUGCCACUACUCUACAAAAUGCCACUACCCGACAAGAUGCCACUAUAAGUUCUGUAAAUAAACUAAUAAAAUCUGUUUCGAUUCUAUUCGUAAUCAUUUAACAGAGUUGCUGUAACAGAUUUGUUUUAAAUCUCUUGAAAAUAAAAAUGUAUGUAAAUGUAUUUAUAUCAAGAUGAGGCCAUGAAUUUGAAGUUGUUUAGAUAAUUUAUUUCAAACAGCUUUGUCCAUUUGUGCUUGCCAUAAAUAGUUGAAGCAAUCCAAUAGAGGCUAUUUUUAUAAAAAAAAUUGAUGACCUAAAUAAGUUUAUUACUAAGUAAAAAAAUGAAAUUAAUUUAAAAAAUGGAUUGUAGAAUUAUCGAUAGAAACAUAGUGGCUUAGAAGUUACCAAAAAAAGAAUGUAUAUCUUUUUAACAAUGUAAGUUGCAUUUUAUUUACUAAUGAUUUUUUUUUUGUAUAUGAAAUUCGGUAUCCAAACUCCGCGAAUCUAUGAGAUUAAGUUGGAUUAACUUAAAGUUACUUUGACUUUCUAGUCUAAGUAUAUUUAUAAUAUUCAUGUAGAACCAGAAAAAUAAGCAGUACUUUUUAUACAAUAUUUUGUAUUUAGUUUAUAAAGGACUCAUAUUUUUUUUUUAACAAUACAAUAAAUAUAUAUUUGUGUAUAAUAAUUAUACAUACCAUAACUUGAAUUAUUGACUAUUUAACUUUCAUGAUAUUUAAAAAAUAUUACCUAAAAUUAUUUGAAGCAAUAUUUUGUAAGGUAUUCUAAAAAAUAUAUUUAUUUAUAUAAGAAAUCUUAUACAUACUUGAAAAUAAAUAUUUUUGUUAAAAUUUUAA